UCAAGCCUGUUUCGGGAAUUAUGGGAUCGCUAAGGCACAUCUAAAUGAUUGGGUGCCCGACGAAGUCCGAACUGAAAUUUAGCAGUAUUGAAAUCUUCAUGCAGGGCAGGAGGGCAGCUGUUGAUUACAAUGGUUGCGAGCUGCCGCUGAGUGGGUGCAGCGUGCUGUCCCGCUGAUUGGCAAGGGGCACAGACAGGGAGAGUGGCAGCGCUGAAUGGACGCUGCGUAGCGCUCGCUGCCUUUUCUCCGUAAUUCUUUUUUUCCUUUUUGGGUGCAAUUUCUAUUGUAGUAACUGAGGCGAUUAACUCACGACCUUUCUUUAUUUUUGUUUAAUUGUUCCUGUCAACGGAAACAUUUUUCACAAUUUUCAGAGGGGAGACUUACGAGUAAUCGAAGAGGUAGAAAUGUCGACCAGCAGCCCCGAAGCUGUGAAGAAAUUACUUGAGAAUAUGCAGACCGAUCUGCGAUCUCUAUCCAUGGAGUGCAAGAAGAAAUUUCCUCCUGUCAAAGAGGCAGCAGAGUCAGGCAUAGUGAAAAUCAAAACUAUUGCAUCAAGACACACGGACAUCUUGGCAGCUCUUAAAGAAAACAGCUCCGAGGUCGUGCAACCCUUUUUAAUGGGCUGUGGAACUAAGGAGCCGAAGAUAACUCAGUUGUGCCUGGCAGCUAUUCAGAGGCUUAUGUCACAUGAAGUUGUUUCUGAGGCUGCUGCUGGGAACAUUAUCAACAUGCUGUGGCAACUAAUGGAGAAUGGACUGGAGGAACUUAAGUUACUUCAAACAGUUUUGGUGCUUUUAACAACAAAUACAGUAGUUCAUGAUGAAGCACUUUCUAAGGCUAUAGUUCUGUGUUUUCGACUACACUUCACAAAGGACAACAUUACUAACAAUACUGCAGCUGCCACUGUACGACAGGUAGUAACAGUUGUUUUUGAGAGAAUGGUGGCUGAAGAUGAACGUCACAAAAGUAUUAUUGAACCUCCAGCAGCAAUUCAGGGUAAUAGCAACAGAAGAUCGAUCAGUACCCUCAGACCAUGCGCUAAGGAUGCAUACAUGCUUUUCCAGGAUCUUUGUCAGCUUGUUAAUGCAGAUGCACCUUAUUGGUUAGUUGGCAUGACUGAAAUGACACGAACGUUUGGCCUUGAAUUGCUAGAAUCAGUUCUGAAUGAUUUUCCACAAGUCUUUCUACAACAUCAGGAGUUCAGUUUCCUUCUGAAGGAGAGGGUUUGCCCACUGGUCAUUAAACUAUUCUCUCCAAACAUCAAAUUCAGACAAGGCAAUAAUGCUACUUCAUCUCCAGCGCCAGUAGAAAAACCUUAUUUUCCCAUUUGUAUGCGUUUGCUUCGAGUGGUGUCUGUUCUAAUCAAGCACUUCUAUAGUCUCCUGGUCACAGAAUGUGAGAUUUUUCUUUCGUUAUUGGUUAAAUUUCUGGAUGGUGAUAAACCUCAAUGGCUGAGGGCUGUAGCAGUGGAAUCUAUACAUCGGCUCUGUGUUCAGCCACAUUUGCUUAGGUCAUUCUGUCAGUCUUAUGACAUGAAACAACAUUCAACCAAGGUUUUUAGAGAUAUUGUCAACGCCUUAGGAUCUUUCAUACAGUCACUGUUCAUUGUCCCUAAUGCUGGAAAUUCAACAUCUGUAAAUACUCCUACAGGUGCUAAUAGUUCAAGUGGGCCAUCAUCAACACAAAGUUUGCCUGGCGUAUCUGGUGUAACUGGAGGUGUAACACCACAACCUGCCUUUGAAUACAGAGGCACGUGGAUUCCAAUUAUGACUGUGAAUGUACAAGGCAUUGCAAAGGCUGCUUAUUUGGAGAUGCUUGAUAAGGUUGAACCACCUUCUAUACCAGAAGGGUACGCAAUGUCAGUGGCCUUCAGUUGUCUUCUAGACUUGGUUCGAGGCAUCACAACAAUGAUUGAAAAAGAGUUGGCUCAAGAUGAAGCAGUGCAUCUGAACAAACCAGCAGCAGUGCCUGAAGGGAUGGCAAAAGAGAGGAAGGAGCAGGAGCCUGUUCUGAGAGUUGUUUGGGAGGAAAUGGUUAAUGCCUGUUGGUGCGGCCUUCUUGCUGCCCUGUCUCUUCUUUUAGAUGCAAGCACUGAUGAAACAGCAACAGAGAACAUCCUUAAAGCAGAAAUGACCAUGGCUUCACUGUGUGGAAAACUUGGCCUAGUAACUCCUCGUGAUGCCUUCAUUACAGCCAUUUGCAAAGCUUCUUUACCACCACAUUAUGCUCUGACAGCACUGAGCACGUCAUCUUCCACACUUUCAAACAAAACCUACUCUAUUCAGGGUCAGAAUGUUCAGAUCAUCAGCCCAUCUAGUGAAUCCCAUCAGCAGGUUGUUGCGGUGGGGCAGCCACUUACUGUUCAGCCGCAAGGUACUGUUGUGCUUACUGCCAAAAAUAUCCAGUGUAUGAGAACAUUACUGAAUCUCGCUCAUUGCCACGGUACAGUUCUUGGAUCAUCUUGGCAGUUAGUAUUGGCCACUCUGCAGCAUCUUGUGUGGAUUCUUGGUUUGAAACCUGGAAGUGGAGGUGCCUUAAAACCAGGGAGGGCUGUGGAAGGUCCAAGCACUGUUUUGACAACAGCUGUCAUGACAGAUUUGCCUGUAAUCUCUAAUAUUCUUUCCCGGCUAUUUGAGAGUUCACAAUAUCUUGAUGAUGUCUCCCUACAUCAUUUAAUUAAUGCUUUGUGUUCAUUAUCCAUGGAAGCUAUGGACAUGGCAUAUGGGAAUAAUAAGGAACCUUCUCUUUUUGCGGUUGCCAAAUUGCUUGAAACAGGUUUGGUUAAUAUGGACAGAAUUGAAAUUCUCUGGAGACCUCUGACUGGUCAUCUGCUGGAGGUUUGCCAGCAUCCCAACUCGAGGAUGAGGGAGUGGGGAGCAGAAGCAGUAACAUCACUGAUUAAGGCGGGCCUAGUGUACAAGCAUGACCCCCCACUUUCACAGAAUCAGAGACUUCAUUUGCUGUUACUGAACCCACUGAAGGAGUUGUCCAAUAUCUUGCAUGGUGAUAUCCGACAGAAGCAGCUGGAGUGUGUUCUACAGAUCCUUCAGAGCCAGGGAGAUAGCCUUGGACCUGGCUGGCCUCUUGUCCUUGGUGUCAUUGGAGCAAUCCGUAAUGAUCAAGGAGAGUCCUUAAUUCGAACAGCCUUCCAGUGCCUACAGCUAGUGGUUACAGAUUUUCUGCCAACUAUGCCUUGUACUUGUCUGCAAAUUGUAGUAGAGGUUGCAGGAAGUUUUGGGCUCCAGAAUCAGGAGCUUAACAUCAGCCUAACUUCAAUUGGUCUUUUGUGGAAUAUCUCAGACUAUUUUUUUCAAAGAGGAGAAAUAAUUGAGACAGAAUUGGAUAAAGAAGAAGCAGUCUUAGAGAAACAAGCAAAAGAGAAAGGAGUUCCUUUGAAUCGUCCUUUUCACCCUGCACCCCCAUUUGACUGCUUAUGGUUAUGUUUAUAUGCAAAGCUGGGAGAGCUGUGUGUAGAUCCUAGACCUGCAGUGAGGAAGAGUGCAGGACAAACACUGUUCUCUACCAUUACAGCUCAUGGAACUUUACUGCAGCAAGCUACAUGGCAUACUGUUGUCUGGAAGGUGUUGUUCAAUCUUUUGGAUCGAGUUAGAAAAUCGUCAACAACAGCGGACAAGGAAAAAAUUGAAUCAGGUGGUGGGAACAUUCUCAUUCAUCAUUCAAGAGACACUGCUGAGAAACAGUGGGCUGAGACAUGGGUCUUGACUUUGGCAGGAGUGGCAAGAAUCUUCAACACUAGGAGAUAUUUACUACAGUCCCUAGGGGAUUUCUUCAAAGCCUGGGAAGUGCUUCUGGAUCAUAUCCAAUCAGCAGCACUCAGUAAGAAUAAUGAAGUCUCCCUAGCUGCUUUAAAGAGUUUCCAGGAGAUUUUACAAAUAGUUACCCCUGUGAAAGAUUCAGAGAAACAAGAUGCUCUUGCAGGUGUAAAUAUGCCAUCCAUGAUUGAUUCAGUGACUGCAUCAGGCCCCGGAAGACCCCUUCUUAGAACAGAUUCCGUUGGAGAAAAACUGACCAGGUAUUAUGGACCUGAACAGAUACCGCCUGCUGAUGAGAUAGAAGAUUCAACAUUGUGGUGGUCUGCUUGGAAUGCCUGGUACAGAAUAGGGACUGAUAGCACAAGGCCACCAACUAGUACAGAAAAACUAACCUUUAUACCGAGUCAGCCUUUUCUUACUGCCCUCAUCCAGAUAUUCCCAGCAUUGUACCAGCACAUCAAAAAUGGUUUCAGCAUGGAUGAUCUAAAGAAACUGGGGGUGAUAUUGCAUGGUGCUGUGUCUGUUCCGAUCAGUUCAGAUGCCUCUCCUUUUAUAUUACCAUCCUACACUGAAGCUGUGCUGACUAGCUUGCAAGAAGCAGUAUUAACAUCUUUAGAUGUCUUGCAAAAGGCUAUUUGUGUCGGGGCUGAAAACAUGCAAGUCAUGUACCCAGCAAUCUUUGACCAGCUUCUCUUGUUUGUCGAGUUCUCCUGUAAACCUCCACAGUAUGGAAAAGUAGAAACCAAGCAUAUUGCUAAUGCAAAAUUUAAUCAGAUUCAACUGUUUGCACCGGCUGAAUGGGUUGCUUUAAACUACGUACCAUUUGCUGAAAAGUCUUUGGAUGUUGUUGUUGACCUCUAUCAGAAAACUGCCUGCCAUAAAGCUGUAGUAAAUGCAAAGGUUUUACAACAAAUCAUAAAGACUUUAAGAAUACCACUGAGUAUGAAAUACUCUUGCCCUUCUGAAAGUACAUGGAAAUUGGCCGUAGCCUCCCUUUUAAAAGUGUUGUCUAUUGGCCUUCCUGUUGCAAGACAACAUGCAUCAUCUGGUAAAUUUGAUACAAUGUGGCCUGAGCUUGCAAAUGCUUUUGAGGACUUCCUUUUCACAAAAAGCUUACCACCUGAUAAUCUGUCUAUUCAAGAAUUCCAAAAAAAUGAACGGAUCGAUGUAGAGGUUGUACAACUCAUCAGCACAGAGAUACUGCCGUUUGCAAAUUUUAUACCAAAGGAAUUUGUCAGCCAGAUAAUGCUGAUGCUGAAUAAAGGGUCAAUUCACUCUCAGCCUGCAUCAUUCACAGAAGCUGAAAUAGAUAUUAGGAUGAGAGAAGAGUUUUCCAAGGUAUGCUUUGAGACAUUAUUGCAGUUUUCCUUCAGCAACAAAGUGUCAACACCUCAGGAAGGAUACAUUUCACGAAUGGCUCUUUCAGUACUUUUAAAAAGAUCCCAAGAUGUGUUGCACCGCUAUGUCGAAGAUGAAAAGUUGAGUGGUAGAUGCCCUCUUCCAAGGCAACAAGUGACUGAAAUAAUCUUUGUUUUGAAAGCAAUCAGUACCCUUUUGGACUCUCUCAAAAAAACGCAACCUGAAAAUGUUGACGCCAGUACUUGGGCCCAGGUCAUUGCUUUAUAUCCAACACUAGUGGAGUGCAUCACCUGCUCGUCGCCUGAAGUCAGUUUGGCUUUGAAAGAAGCACUGAGUCCAUUUAAAGACUUUAUGCAGCCACCUGUGACGAAAGUGCAAAAUGGAGAGUCAUGACCAACACCAAAUUAAGACUUUUGAUUUACAAAAUUGUGGCAUUUCUAAAGUGCAAUGAAGAAGUGGGGUCUUAAGUUAUCAGCCUUUAUAAACAGACUGUAAGCCGGGGCAACUGUGAGACUCAACACUAACACUGAUUUGGCCAAUUUCUGUGUGACUCUGCUGACAUUGUAAUCCAUGAAACUGACAGAAUGAAAUUAAUCAUUAACUGGCAAUGUAAACUGCACAGAAAGCUGAGCAAAAUGUACAGUGUGUGGCGAUAGUGUUAAUGAUGUAAUUACAGAUAAAGUAUUCACACUUUAUUGGUCUUAAAAAGACAAAAGCAAAACAUGAUGAUGAUGAUGGAACUCGCUGAUCUUUUUGUGCACUUUUUUCCAACAAGUUUAAGAAAACAGUAUCAGUGUCUGAAAGUAUUUUAUGCAAGACCUUUCUGGAACAUUCCAUGUCAUCAGAUCUGUAGCCAGCCCAGGACAACAGGAUGUACUUGUAAGUGUAAAAUAAAUGAUACAGUUCUGUAUAAAAAAAAAAAGAA